CUUGGGGCGCCACGGGCGCGGCGGCGGCGGCUGCGCGCGCUCGCGCCUCCGCCCUGCCUCUGUCCCGCCGCAGACGCCCCACCGGCAGGCCGCACAGUAGCAGUCGCUGCAGCAGCAGACCCUUCGCCCCGCUAACCGCCGCCAACCACCACCGCCGACCGCCAUGUCUCUGACCGACCCAGUUGCCUUCGCCAAGGACUUCGCCGCCGGAGGUAUCUCCGCCGCCAUCUCCAAGACUGCGGUCGCGCCCAUCGAGCGGGUGAAGCUGCUGCUGCAGGUGCAGCACAUUUCCAAGCAGAUCUCAGCAGAUCAGAGAUACAAAGGUAUUGUCGACUGCUUCGUUCGCAUCCCCAGAGAACAGGGCUUCCUCGCUUUCUGGCGUGGUAAUUUCGCCAAUGUCAUCCGAUAUUUCCCCACACAAGCCCUGAACUUCGCUUUCAAGGACAAGUACAAGCAGGUUUUCUUGGGCGGAGUCGACAAGAACAAGCAAUUCUGGCGCUACUUCGCCGGUAACUUGGCCUCUGGUGGAGCAGCAGGUGCCACCUCUCUGUGUUUCGUCUACCCUCUAGAUUUCGCAAGAACGCGGUUGGCCGCUGACGUCGGCAAGGCGGGUGCCGAACGUGAGUUUACAGGCUUGGGUAACUGCAUUAGCAAAAUCUUCAAAUCUGAUGGCCUCGUCGGCCUGUACCGAGGAUUCGGUGUAUCCGUGCAGGGUAUCAUCAUCUACCGUGCAGCCUACUUCGGCUUCUACGACACUGCACGUGGCAUGUUGCCCAACCCCAAGUCUACGCCCUUCCUCGUCUCGUGGGCCAUCGCACAGGUCGUGACCACCGUGUCCGGCAUCGUGUCCUACCCGUUCGACACGGUGCGUCGGCGCAUGAUGAUGCAGUCGGGCCGCAAGGCGUCCGAAAUCAUCUACAAGAACACUCUGCACUGCUGGGGAGUCAUCUACCGAACAGAGGGCGGCGCCGCUUUCUUCAAGGGCGCUUUCUCCAACAUCCUGCGAGGCACCGGCGGCGCGCUCGUCCUGGUGCUCUACGACGAGAUCAAGACCUUCCUGUUCUAGACGGCGCCGCCGCCACCGCCACCGCCGCCGGCGCCCGCGCCGGGACCACGCGCUGCCCACACCGCCGAGCGCGCGAAAGUGGACUCUCACCAACGUAGGCUCUAUUUAUAUAAGUGUAAAUAAAAUAUUAUUACAAAUAUGAUUGUAUGAUCUGGAGGAGGAGGAGGAGGAGAGACUCUGACCGACGGGCGGGCCGGGGGCCCGGCGCGGCGGGGGGGCUCCGCGGCCCCCAACGCGCGGGCUGCGCCCGCCCCGUUCAGGCCGGUUCCUUGUUUGUCUGACGGCCGCGGACCCCCUCCGCCCGCGGGCCGGGCCCCGCGCCCCGCGCCCCGUUCCCUUCGUCUUGCGCCCCUCGCGAGCAGCGUGCACGUGUUGUUUCUUUCUUUAUGUAUAUAUUAGCAGACAGUGUUCAAUAAAGGAGUCACAAUCGCCAACCCUGUGCUGUGCAUUCUUUCACGCCGUCUCCUUGGAGCUCCCAGCCGAGGUGAACGACCGGACGAGUGACGAGGUUGGGGGGCUAAGAUUGGCUGACGGGGCAGAUGUAACAGGUCCGGGGGACGAGAAAAAAGCACGGGAACAAGGCACGAGACGCCAAGGAGGAUGAGAAGGAGGGGCGGGGCGCCGGGCACCGGCGUAUGCGACCCCGCCAACCUCUAACCGACCUCUACCAUACUUCCUCACGUGAGUAACACACUCUCCCUACACCGAAAGUACCGCUAUGGUAUUGAACAAGACGAAAUUAAGUGUUACUUUUUUAUUAUUUUUCAGACUGGAAUCUACGAUUUUUUUCCUCUCCUUAAGUCUCUUCUCUCGUCCUUAAAGACACGAAUACCUUUACGUGUAAUGAGAGAUAGUGGGGAUUUUAACAUACAAUAACAUAACAAAUAAAGAAUAUAAAUG